AUGCCGCGCUGGGAUCCCGCCUCGUUCAACGCUCUUCUUUCGGGAUUUGCCCGGUUUGGGAAUUUGGAAGAGGCGAAGAUCUUGUUCGAUCGGAUGGAGCUACGCAGCGUGAUCUCUUGGACAUGUAUGAUCACAGCAAGCACAGUGUCUUCUAGUUUGAUCUUCGCAAGAGAGCUCUUCACACGGAUGCCUGGAUGGAAUGUCAUCUCUUGGAACGCGUUGAUCACCGCAAAUGCCCAAAAGGGGCAUUUGGACGAGGCAGUGAGUCUCUUCAAAUCCCUCCCGGAAGAACACAAGAGUCUGUGCUCCUGGAACGCGAUGAUCGCCGCCCACCUCCACAGCGGCUGCUUCGACGGAUCCAAGGCAGUGUUCGAUGCGAUGCCCACGAGGGACGUCUCCUCCUGGAACAAUCUUGCUGCCGGGAUCGCCGAGCACAAGCCCGUCACUGCCGCGAGAGCUUGCUUCGAUCGAAUGCCCGCCUGGGACGUGAUCGCCUGGAACAUCCUCCUCUCGGCCACGGCCGAGGCCGGGGAUCUGGGCGAGGCGCGCAACAUCUUCCACGCCAUGCCCGCCAAGAACUCCUUCUCCUGGAACGCGAUCCUCACCGCCAGCGCGCUAAACGGCCACGCCCAAGACGCCGAGAAUCUCUUCCGCCGCCUCCCCGACAAGAGCUCCUCCGUGGCCUGGAACGCGCUCGUCUCCUCGUACGCGCGGAAUGGCCAGGGGACGGUUGCGUUGCGGAAUUUCCACCAGAUGGUGCUCCACGGAAUCCCAUCCGACGGUGUCACCUUCACCAACGUGCUGGUGGCGUGCAGCCACCUCGGAAUGGUGGAGACGAGCUGGCGCUAUUUCGUGUCGAUGGUUUCGGACCAUAAUGUGAGGGCGGAGCGUGGACAUUUCGCGUGCAUGGUGGACAUUCUGGCCAGGCUUGGGAGGCUGGGCGAGGCCGAGGAGCUUGCGAGGUAUAUGCCGUUUCUUCCAAACUAUGUGGUGUGGAAGUCGGUGUCGAGUGCUAGUAGGAUGUACUGCGAUGUGGAUAGAGGUACACGGGCGGCCCAAAACGCGAUUGACUUGGAACCAAAACAUUCUGGCUCUUACCUCUUGCUCGCAAAUAUGUAUAAAUCUAAUUCGUGUUAA